GUAGGUCGAAGAAGCAGUGGAUAAUCCGUUUCCCCGGGGAGGAGAUCGAAUCGAAGCUUGGAUUUGAUAUCUUCUCUGAAUGCGAUAAGAGGCUUGGAUGGUUGCUCACUUUUUCUCCUGUUCUUGGUUGGCAACAAACAGCUGCAAAGAUUGGAACGCAACGCGGUGUUGCAUCAACCCAAUGGUUGAAUGAGAGAAUCUCUCUUGCAAGAUAUGCCCGUACCAUAAGGAAAUUUUGAACUUGAUAGGCUAAUUUUUGCAGCAGAUAUAUAAUUUUUCAAGGGCAUUACAUGAUCAACAGCAGGUCCAACAUCCUAGUCUGGCGUACCCUGGAGCAAAUUCAUAAAAUGAGGGCAAUAGCCAUGGCAGCAAUCACUCAACGGAGCUUCUUGAAUCUCACCGCGUUAAAAUCCUUCACGGCUGAGACCAGAACGCGCUACGAGAGGAGAAAACUUGGAGCUAACAGCUCGGUUAAGUGCUCUCAGACAUUGGAAGGCUCUGCCCAAAGUGUUACAGUGUCAAAUGGCAAGGAUUCCUUAGUAAUUUGCCGAGUUCUCAACGGAAUGUGGCAGACUAGCGGUGGAUGGGGGAGAAUCGACCGUGACGACGCGGUGGAGGCAAUGCUCCGAUAUGCCGACGCUGGACUUUCAACCUUUGAUAUGGCCGACCACUAUGGACCUGCUGAAGAUUUAUAUGGCAUCUUCAUCAAUCGAGUUCGUAGAGAGCGUCCGCCUGAACUCCUGGAGAACAUAAGAGGGCUUACAAAAUGGGUGCCGCCGCCGGUGAAGAUGACUAGUAGCUAUGUCCGAGAGAGCAUUAAUAUCUCACGAAAGAGAAUGGAUGUGUCUUCUUUGGACAUGCUUCAAUUUCACUGGUGGGAUUAUUCGAACUCUGGCUAUCUUGAUGCUCUCAAACAUCUGACCGAUUUGAAAGAAGAGGGUAAAAUCAAGACGGUUGCUUUGACAAAUUUUGACACGGAAAGGUUACAAAUUAUUUUGGAAAAUGAUAUCCCUGUUGUGAGUAAUCAGGUUCAGCACUCUAUUGUUGAUAUGAGGCCUCAACAAAAGAUGGCAGAGCUUUGUAAGCUCACAGGAGUCAAGCUGAUAACGUAUGGAACUGUAAUGGGUGGCUUAUUAUCUGAAAAAUUCCUCGACACCAACUUAACGAUUCCUUUUGCUGGCCCUCCAUUAAAUACUCCCUCCCUGCAAAAGUACAAAAGGAUGGUUGAUGCAUGGGGAGGAUGGAGUUUGUUUCAAGUUCUGCUACAGACACUUAAAAGAGUUGCUUCUAAGCAUGGGGUCUCGAUUCCGACCGUUGCUGUUAAAUACAUUCUAGAUCAGCCAGCUGUGGCGGGAUCAAUGAUAGGCGUUCGGCUUGGGUUAUCAGAGCAUUUGCAAGAUACAAAUGCCAUAUUUUCUCUUGCUCUUGACGAGGAGGACAUAAACAGCAUCGAGGAAGUUUCCAAAAAAGGUAAGAAUCUUCUUAAAAUUAUUGGGGACUGUGGGGAUGAAUAUAGGCGUGCAUGACUUAGCAAACGCUUUCUUAUUUGCUAGUGAUAUGAAAUACUUGUUAUUUGGUAGACUUCUGCAACUAUAUUGUCACACAACAGUCACUAUGUUGAUAAUAUAUGGAAAACAUUAAAUUUAUCCCGACCUUUAAAUUGUGGGGUCUGGGGAUUAUAAUCA